AUUUCACAUAGCUGUAUGACAGCAAAGAAACGGCCUUUGUGGACUCCUAGAACUGAAGCAGAAAAAGUGACAUCUGGUCUUAAUGUGGUUUGGCAUUUCCAACUCAGCACUACAAACCAGGAACUGUUUGUGGCUCUGGUGAAUUUUUGUGACCUCAUCGAGGACUUCUACCAGCUUUGCUGGUGAACUCUGCAAAAGGGCGGGUGACUCUCUGCUUUUGAAGUACAUGGCUGAGUGAUCCAAACAGCAACAUCAGGCUGGUUCUCCUAAGUGGACAAAAGCAGGCAUUUGCAUAACAGGAAAUGGAUGAAACUGAGGAUUUAUUGGGUCAGGAACCAGACCCAGUUGAUGAUGAAUUAUAUAAAGAGCCAAUGAAAAAAAGAAGACGUUCAGAUAGAGACCAGCGGUUCCGAGCAUUUCCCUCUGUGGAGCAAAGUGCUCUCAAGGAAUAUGAAAAAUUGGAGUCACGGACCAGAAGGGUUUUGAGCAAUACUUAUCAGAAACUUAUUCAUUCUGUCUUCCUGGAUGACAGCAUUCCUAGUGGAGUCAAGUAUCUCAUAAACAGGCUUCUUGCCUUGAUUGAAAAACCAUCAUUGGACCCAAUCUACAUUGGAUUAUUUGGAAGCACAGGGGCUGGGAAGAGCUCCCUGAUCAAUGCCAUCAUCCAACAAGCAAUGUUUCUACCAGUAUCUGGAGAAAGUAUAUGUACGUCAUGUAUUGUACAAGUGAGCUCAGGCUGCUGUGAACAGUAUGAGGCCAAAAUCCACCUUCUCUCUGACCAAGAGUGGAAGGAAGAGCUGAAGAACUUGACUAAACUCCUGCACAGGACAGAGGAACUGGACAGAGAAGAGGCAGAUGCAUGGGACAGGGAUGAUGCAGUGGAGGAAGCCAUCUGGAAGCUACAAAUUGUUUAUGGAAAUGGGGCGGAAAGGAAGAACUAUGAGGAGUUACUAAGAGCAAAGCCCAAAGGAAAGAUUCCCACAUCCAGAAUUAUCACCCUCAAGGCAGAAGAGGCAGGAGAGCUCUCUGUCAAGCUGGACCCUUACAUCCGGACUCACAGGAGAGACUUGGAUGGAGAAUCAGCUGAGACACAAAUUUGGCCCUUGAUCAAACAUGUGGAAGUGACUCUUCCCAAAUCAGAGUUGAUUCCAGAAGGAGUUGUGCUGGUGGACAUUCCAGGCACUGGCGACUUCAACAGCAAGAGGGAUGAGAUGUGGAAAAAGACCAUUGAUAAGUGCUCAGUGAUCUGGGUGAUCAGUGAUAUCGAACGAGUUUCUGGAGGGAGAGCCCAUGAAGACCAUCUGAAUGAGAGCAUCAAAGCGUGCCAAAGGGGCUUCUGCAAGGACGUUGCCCUGGUGGUCACCAAGACCGACAAACUCCACCUGCCGGAAUAUCUAAGGGAAAGAAAAGUGGGAAAUAGAGCUAUUCAGAGUCAGCGAGAAGCCGUUUUAGAAAGAAAUGAAGUGAUAAAGCUACAAAGGAAUAGAGUUCUCAAAGAAAAACUAAAGAGCAAACUGCCCGCAGACUCCAAGGUCCUGGAGGCCUCCGAUCUCGUGUACACAGUCAGCGCCCAGGAGUACUGGCAGCAGACCCUCCUCACUGAGGAAGAAACUGAAAUCCCCAAGUUAAGAGGCUAUAUCAGGAAAAGCCUUCUGGACAAGAAGAGGAGGAUGGUGACCAAGUAUGUUACUGAAGCCUUCGGUUUACUGCUCCUCACAGACAGUUUCAACUGUAUGGAAAACCUGCCGAAUGAAUACUUGCACAUGAGUGACCUGCGGAGAUUUGCGGAAGAGAAGGUACAGCUUCUGGAGAAGGCCAUUGACCAGUGCUUUGCCCACAUCGAGCAGCCUCUGCAAGAAGGAGUCAGAAACGCCAAGACUUCCUACCGACGGAUCCUUGGGGCGCGCCUAGUGAGGAGUAGAGGAAACCAAGGCUUUCACCAGACUCUGAAAGCUGUUUGCCUGAAAAAUGGCAUCUAUGCCUCUCGGACUCUCGCAAGAAUAGAUCUGAACGAAGCCAUCACUCAGCCCAUCUAUGACCAGAUCGAUCCUGUUUUUGGAGGCAUUUUUAGAGCUGGAAAGCCCACUGGGUCAGCUUUGCUGCCUCACGUGGAGGCUUUUAAGCACUCUCUACAGGAGAAAAUGAUGGAAAUUGGAGUAAGAAGUGGCUGGAAAUAUGAUAGUUCCAAAAAAAGUUUUCUGAUCCAGGAGAUAAGUGCCAUCCUGGGAAGCCUGGAGGGUUACAUCCUCAGAAAGAAGAGGAGGAUCUAUGAGUCUCUCACCACCUCUGUGCAGAACGACCUGAAGCCCUGUUAUGAAGAGGCAGCUCAGAUUGCUGGCAAAAAAGCAUGUGAGAGAAUGAAAGACGCCAUCAGAAGAGGGGUGGACCGGCAGGUGGCCGAGGGCAUGUUUGAAAGGGCUCAAGAAAGGAUGCAGCACCAAUUUCAACAACUGAAGAACGGAAUCUCGGAGAAGGUGAAGGGCAGUAUCGCCACCAUGCUGACCCUUGCUUCAUCCCAGGAGGAUGGUCUCUAUAAGGAGCUUGCAGAUGUGAAAAGUGAAUACAAGGAGAUGGAGAAGAUCCACAGAGGCCUGAGGGAGGUGGCGGAGAACGCAGUGCUGCGGAGAGGCAUGCAGGACUUCCUUCUGAAGAUGUCCCCGAGCAAAGGGCUUCCGCCCAAAGCACACACCUAGUGCUUAGGGCGCAGCACCAAGUAGAGGAGAAACAAGCCUGGGGCCAAACAACCAGAGUUACUUCUGUUUUUAAAAAUCUAAUAAAGAAUAUCUCCUGA